UGUGAGUCACAGUAUUAUUUGUAUGUUGUUAACAACUGUAACUGUGUACAUGCCACCAAUGAAGGUCUUCAGUUUGAAAUUUCAAUUUGGUGUCUGUGUGUCUUGCAGUGCACGGUCAGUCUGUCACUUUUUGUUCAUUUCAAUUCUUAUUGCAUGUCAAAACUUUCAAUUUUUUUUAAUGUGAUAUGAUUCUUUUUCUAAAUAUUUAGCCAUGUAUGUUAUAACUACUCUCUGUCUCUCUCCCACACACACACGCACGCGCACACACACGCACGCACAAAUACAUACAUACACACACACACAUACAUACAUACAUACGCGCAGAUACAGACAUGCAAUUUCGUUUGUUGUUUUUACAAAAUGUAUUCCACUUCGUGAAAGGCAUUGAUGGUGUAGCGCUUGUUUUUCAUUGAGUUGCAUUUGAUUUGAAGCCGUAGAAUGAGAUUCAUCUCUUCAUUAAAACAUUCAUUGAUGUUUGGAAGUUGUUUAAAAUUUUCAAGUUUAUUACCUUUUUUCAAUUUUAAAACUAAUAAGCUGCGUUAGAUAUUGACUUUAUAAUUAAUUUACUUGCAAUAUAUUUUUAUAAAAACCAUAUUUAUUCCUCUAUUAAUGUUGCCUUUAUCUAAAAAUGUUUUAUACUUCAAUGAAGGUUUUAUUUUUUUCGUAGAAAGACCAGGUCACUACACAAAUAAUAUAUAUAUAUAUGCUAAUUUAUUUAUUAUUCAUAAUGAAUCAUUAUUUUCUUACUCAGUGUCUGUAUAGAUUAGUGUAAGCAUAGUUUAAUUAUUUUAAGCAGAUCAGAGAUAUGCGAGCUUUUUUACAUAUAUUUUUAUCUGAUUUUUUGUGUUUCUUUUAUUAUUUAAUUUCAAUAUUUUAAUGUUAAAUUUUUUAUGAAAAUUAUGAAACUUUCAAUUUACAAAUUUAAAUUAUUUAUGAAACAAUUAUUGAUGAAUUUUCAGAACUCUUGUUUACCUUGCAUGUGUCAUUACCAUAUUUAUAUGAAAAUCUCAACAGGUUUCAUUCAUUCUUGUUGAAUUAACAUUUGGGAGUUUGUAGAAAUAUGGUUGAAAAUUCUUUCGCUCUUAAAAAAUGGUGGCUUUCCAUAUUUCGGCACAUUUGUGCUUUAUUUAGCUAAUUUCACUUCAACUGAUUUUAUCGUCUGGGCGCUGGGCGUUUUAAUUUCAAAAGAUUUAUUAUUUAUAAUUUGUUUUAACGGACUCACCAGUAAUCAUAUUUUUUUAAACUCGCCAUUAUUUCAAAUAGAAGCUUUUUUUAAUCCAACCGACCGCCAUUGAAGUGAUGAAAUGAACAAAUACAAAUUCAUCGACGUUAUUGGUGAAGGGGCUUAUGGCAUUGUCAUGAAGUACAAAAACAAGCAAUCUGGAGAGAUUUGUGCCAUUAAGAAGUUUAAAGAUGUUGGAGACAAUGAAGAUAUGAAAAUAACAAACAUGCGAGAGUUGAAGUUAUUGAAAAGUCUGAAACAUGAAAACAUCGUUAGCAUCAAAGAAUCAUUUUUCAAACACAAGAAACUUUGUAUUGUUUUUGAAUAUAUCCCAAAAAACGUGUUGGAAAUUCUAGAAGAAUAUUCAGAUGGAGUGCCCGUGGACCAGUUGAAGUGGUACAUUUAUCAACUUUGUCGGGCUGUAAACUACUGUCAUGAUCGAAAUAUCAUUCACAGAGGCUGA